UGGUUCAUUCACAACGCCACUCUGGAUUACCACAGCCUCUGUAGAGAAGCUCCUCGGUCGACACAGGGGGUUCACAAACCUGCCCGACAUAAACAAUGAAAAUGUCAGCGGCGGAGAUCAGCCAGAUCCUCAAGGAGGGAGAGCUGGAGAAGAGGAGCGACAACCUGCUCCAGUUCUGGAAGAGGAAGACGUGCGUCCUGACCACGGAUAGCCUCAACAUUUACGCCGACACACAGAAGCGCACCAAGGGCAAGGAGCUCAAGCUUCAGUCCAUCAAGAAAGUGGACUGUGUGGAGCGCACCGGCAAAUUCGUCUAUUUCACUAUCGUAACCACAGACAAUAAGGAGAUUGAUUUCCGGUGCCCUGGGGAAGAUAACUGCUGGAACGCAGUGAUCACCAUGGCCCUGAUUGAUUACCAGAACAGAAAGGCCAUCCAGGACUUUAAAACACGGCAGGACAAUGAGAGCGCGUCACCCGGACAGCAGGAGAGGCGCAUGGCGAGGGCGCCCUGAGCCGCUUUGAGCAAUCUGGCAGUUAAACCACUCCUAAUAUGUGUCAAUGUGGACCAUACAGACAUAAUACGAGGACCAAAAGGAAGACGAGGUCAUCCGGUCCAGAGAUGAAGGAUUGUUCGGGGACUGAGCUCUCGGAAAGACUGACAGUGGAUCCUGGACGACAUCUAAAACGACAGACUGAGAUUUUGAGAAGCACCACACGCAGGACUGAACCCUUGAAUUGGCGAAAACUAUUUCAAGUUUGCGCUCCUAGGAGAAUUGACUCCUUAAACCAUGUUGCAACAUUUUGUUAAUUUAUUUGUUUCCAGAAUAUGAUGUUACUGGCAAACAGCUUGUAUUGUUUAAAUUAUUUACUAUUUCAACGUGUGUUAAGUGUGUAUUUA